AUGGGGAUCAAGGUUCCGAUCCUAAUAGAUUUCCACCGUCACAUAUACGAUCCUGACUGGCAUUUUUCAUGUGGUACUAAGGAGUACAAGGUUCUUAUGGACCAAUUUCCCCAUGUUUCUGCAGCUUUUCUUCAACUUGAUAAAAGGUAUCAAGAAGCUAUCGGAGACAUAACUAAAAGAAUUGGGGCAGGAAUGGCCAAGUUCAUUUGCAAGGAGGUAGAAACAGUUGAUGAGUAUGAUGAAUACUGCCAUUAUGCUGCUGGACUUGUGGGUUUAGGAUUAUCAAAACUCUUCCUAGCGUCGGAAUUAGAAACACUGACUCCAGACUGGGAGCAGAUUUCAAAUUCUUCAGGUUUAUUCCUAGAGAAAGCACAUAUUAUCAAAGAUUAUAUUGAAGACAUUAAUGAGAUACCAAAACCCCGCAUGUUUUGGCCUCGCGAGAUUUGGGGCAAAUAUGUUGAUAAGCUUGAGGACUUCAAAUAUGAGGAGAACUCAAUCAACGCGGUGCAGUGCUUGAGUGAUAUGGUCACUAAUGCAUUGAUUCAUGUUGAAGAUUGCUUAAAAUUUAUGGCUGCAUUGCGUGAUCCUGCAAUAUUUCAGUUAUGUGCCAUCCCUCUUGGAGAAAUAACAAUGAUUUAG